GUUAGGAGAUUAGAGGCACAGGGGGUGCCGUCGAAGCAGGCGGAAGCCAUAACGGGGGCAAUGAUGGAAGUCCUGAAUGAUAGCUUGGACAAUGCUUCCUUUUGGUUUGUUUCCAAAGGUGAAAUGCAAAGAAAUGAGAUGACACAGGAAUCAAAUUUAUCCAAAUUCAAGACUGAAGUUAAAAGUUCACAGGACCACCAUUUUUCUCUUUUGCAACACGAGACUGAGAAACUCAAGGUUGAUAUAGAAAAGAUGAUGGAAAAGCUCAAGAGUGAUCUAGAAAAGAUGCGUAGUGAUCUAAGGAGAAUUCGCGACGAGCUGAACAAUCAAAAUCAAGAAACCACUAACCUGACUAAUAAACUUGAUCGAGAAAUUCAUGCAUUGCGUGCUCAGUUAGAAGCAGCGAAGUAUGAUGUGAUCAAAUACUGCAUAGGUUCGUUAGCAUCUGUGGCUGCCGUUGGUCUAGCCGUAAUCCGUAUUCUGAUUCGCUAUCUCCGGCGGUCCGGCGUCUUAAGCCUCUCGACACAGUACACACUCGCGAAGUCCGACAAAGCCUCUUCUUCGCGCCUCGACCGCUCGACGCCUCACCUCCGAAGUCCGACCCAAAAGCUCCGGCCGCUCCUCGCCUUGCCUCUAAGACCCGCCUCACCUCCGAGGCUCCGACAUAAA